AUGUCCAGCGCAGCCCGUGUGCUGGUCCAGGCGCAGUAUGUGUUGCGCCUGCAGGAGGCGGCGCAGGAGGGUAUCGUGAACAAAUUACUCUUGUGGCUGGAGCCUGACGCACCCCCGCUGAGGGUCGUGAUGGCGUUCUUCAUCGGCGACGCCGAUGCGGAGGGCGACAGGGAUCGCGUGGAGCACGACCAGGUGGACGCGUGGAUCACCGAACCCGACGCGAAGAUCGUGACAUGCUCCGACGGGGUGAAAACGUGUAUGGACCAGCGGAGCCUUGGCGGGUUCGCCGAGGUUCCCAACGUGACUAAGCUGGACAUCAGCGUGGUGGCCGACCUGGCGCUGCCCGUGUUCCCUCCCUUUUUGGUCCUCGCCGUGCUGGCGGGCUCGACGUCCGACACGGGCGUGGACAUCACCAAGCGCUGGGUGAAUCUUGUCGACGCCGUGACCCUCAUGGCGGCGCCUCUGAAACUCCUGAGCGAGGGCCAGCGCGCGCAGGAGAGGGCACUGAGCUUCUACGGCGAUUCCAACGGCACGCCGGAGGCGCAUGGCCUCGUGUAG